AUGAAAAAUUUUGAAGAGUAUCAUGACUUAUAUCUUGAAACGGAUGUACUUUUACUUGCAGAUGUUUUUAUGAAUUAUACAAUUAUAUGCUUACAGGAUGAUGGCUUGGAUUCUUUCCAUUACGUUUCAGUACCAGGAAUGUUUAACGAUUCACUAUACAAAAGUAGCGGAGUCAAAAUCCAGUUAAUAUCAGAUAUGGACAAGUAUUUAACAGUUGAAAAUGGAAUUCGCGGAGGAAUGACAAUAGUAAGCCAUCGAUAUGUUAAGGCAAAUAACGAGAAAUGUCCCGACUACAACUCUAGUAAAACAAAAUCAUGGAUUAUAUAUGAAGAUAUGAGUGCUUUAUACUCAGGAGCUAUGACGCAAUACUUGCCUACGAAAAUUUUGGAUAAGGUAACUCCAGAGGAAAUACCUGUUAUUCAAAGCAUUGCUUCGGAUGCAGAAAUAGGAUAUAUGUUAGAGACUGAUAUAGAGGCCUUAAUAAACUUGCACAAUUUCUUUGCAGAUUAUCCAUUAGCUCCAGAGAAACAAAUAAUACCAGAAAACUGGCUUAGUUUGUAUAAUGAAAGGUUAGUACGCGAUAAAGAGUUUAGAAGAGGAAAAUACGUAUCAGGCGAAAAGUUACUUCAAACCUUUUUACCGAAGAAAAAUUAUGUAGUUCAUUAUCAAGCACUCCAGCUAUACAUGAAGUAUGGAUUAAAAAUUACAAAAAUCCAUGUAGCAUUAAAAUUUAGACAAUCUCCAUGGAUGAAAACGUAUAUUGAGGAAAAUAUUCGCAAACGCAAGAUAGCUAAGUCUAAUAAGGAUGAAUUCGGUGUGAUAUAUUACAAGCUAAAAAAUAAUGUCAUAUUUGGGAAACAAAUGGAGAAUGUUCGCAAACACAUGAGAGUAGAAAUACUUUAA